AUGGCCUCCGACGCCGCACCCGCAGCAGUCUAUGCUUGCAGGUGCCUCAAUGUCCGCAUCGUCGUCGCCACUGCCACCGGGUCGCCUCCAGACUAUCCUCGCGACGCCCAGUAUACCCCCGUCUUCGUCAACGACGACGGCAUAUCCGUCACCCACCCUCAGGUAACGGUCCGUAUCAACUCGAAGGGCGUCCCAAUACCCGGUACAUCGCGCUGUUCACGAUUUACAGCCGUGACAUGCCUGUUCUGCAAUUUGCCUGUUUAUCGCGUAUAUCAAAUAAUCUCGCUUGAUGUCGAGGGAAACGAGUCUGUUCUGCUACCAACGGAGGAAUGGGUAGAGCGCGAGGUGCUGAAGACCGCCACUGGGUGGAUUGAUGUCCAUAAAGACUGCCUCGUUGGAGACGGCAUCGCCAGCGCUCAAGCUUCGUCUUCAUAUGCGGCAGUGUUCAAUCUGUACCUCCCAUCCCGUUCAUCCGUGCCUGCCUCCCCCAAGCUGAUCAAAGCGGACGAGGAAACCCCACUGAAGGACACUGCGUCUCCUGAGGUUCCAACUCCGUCCUAUCUCGCUGAAAUGCGGCCCCUCUUUUUGCCCCCCCCUUUCACCCCCUCCCACCCUAUAUUCGUUCAUUUGGCAGCGGUAGCCACCAAAGAAUCGCAGGAAUUACGUGCAACUGCAGAGCAACGCAUCUCGGAUUUCAUAAAAGCCGAGACUGCCGGAGUGGAGAUGCAAGAGAGAGAUAUUAAACGUCAGGUUGAGGUACUAUGGAAGAAAUUCCGACAGCAUCUAGUGUCGGUGCAGCAGGAGCGUUCUGCAAAUAACGUUCGCUCGCCAACACGGGGUAAAGAGGCUGCUCCUAGUGGCCUUCUUAGUCCGACGACUGUUUCGUCCUCUGUGGCUGUUCGGAAUUUCGAGCCAGUUCCGGUCUCGUUGGGAGAUAUUACAUCUAUUUCAUCCUCAGUUCCCCGGCGAUCCGCUCUUUCCGAAUCUUUGGCGACAUCGGGCUUUCAUCAUCCAAAGCAAAAGCAAAGGCAGAACUCGUCCACCGGAGAAGCUUCCAAUGGCUAUGACUCUGACCGUAGCGAGACGUUGUCGACGAGGUCCGGUUCCUCUACCCUCGUGCACCCGGUUCAUCAGGUGGACGGGACCAACAUCUUACAGUUCAGACGCAACGUCAACGACACGAUCAACACUGAAGCAAGCUACCGGUAUUUCGUCAACCUAGAGGAAGAUAUCACUCGACACAAACGCCAGCAGGAAGAGGCCAUGAAGAAGCAAGGGGUAGCUCGGGCCCAACAGGAUCAGGAAGCCGGACCGUCACAAGUGCCAUCGGGCCCCAAUGCGAACGACAAGAAGCCGUCUAGGAAGGUACAAAUCGUUGAGCCUCAGCUACCUACGGCAGGCGAGGCCAAGGCCGAAGACAAGGAUGCGUCGUCACGUGGAGCAGAUAAGGGCAAGAGGAAGGUCACUUUCGACGUUCAGCCAGCUGUAGUGACUAUCAACGGCAAAGAUGACAAGGCAGAAAAUGACGAGUCAGAGGAAGAUCCCACUGAGGACGCUCGAGAAAUGAUCUUUGAUUUAGAAGACCUCGAGACUGCAGUCACGGCGAUAGUUGAAGGGCAAACAGCUCUGCCACUACUCGAGCAACCUGCCGGUCGACCUUCACGGGCAAAGAAAGCGCGGACACAGACUAGCAACGCCAUGGAUGCCUUCAGCACUCUGCGACCUUCUUCGUUACCCAAUCCUUCACAUAUUCGGCCUAUUCGGAGCCAACCAGGUGUAGACUCGUCUUCUUCGCAGGGAAUGAUGCUCUCCUUGCCUCGAGUGUCGGCUGCUGCCCCGCGCAACAAGGUAACACACGUUGUGUCGUCCUCGCAAACUCCGUUGAAUGAGCAAGAUGCUGAAUUAUUGAAACUGGUGGCGGCUGAUACCCCAAGCCAUCGUGGAGCAUGGACACCAGAUUCCAAAGCCUGGCAGACGUUCACUCGUCGACAGGACGCGAAGAAUGGUCCUGAGAGUGGGAAAGCAGUUGAUGAUGGGGGAGAGGCAGAAGAAGAGGCGUCUUCGACUGUCUCGCCGCUUAAAGUAUCCAAGGGAAAAGGAAAGAAGAUACUGGACUUCUCUGAAGAAGACGACGAUCUGUACGAACAGUCUAGAAAUUACGGUGUUGCUGCCUCGCUACCCAUCGAAAUCGUGAAACGGGUUAAACCGCGCGAGCAGCUCAGUUUGGCUUCUUAUCGACCGCAGGCCGCUGUAGGACCAGAGCAAGAAGAGCAAGCGAGCUCUGCGGCGCCUGUUUCAUCGUCUAGUCAUGGCAACAAAAACCUCUCUGCAGCCGCCGUCCGAAAGGCAGCCUACGCUGAGCGUGAUCGGUUGAGGUCAAUGGACCCCGGAGCACUGGACUUCGCCAAUGGUCCCGACGAGCAAGACGAUGAUGAUGACGAUGACGAGGAGGAACCAAGUGAGCAGAAGGCUCGCAAGCAGGCACUACGAAUACUCCAAGCUCGCAGCGAAGUUCCUGAAGAGGGAAUGUGGAGAAGUUUGGCGUCAUGA